AUGGUCUCCUUCACCUACCUUCUCGCCGCCGUCUCGGCCGUCACUGGCGCCAUUGCCGCCCCCAACCCUACCAAGGUUGAGGCUCAGCCUCCUACCGGUCUCCAGAAGCGAACUGAGCCUACCACCGGUGUCAACGAUGGCUUCUACUUCUCUUUCUGGACCGACACUCCCAACGCUGUUACCUACAACAACGGCCGCGGUGGCCAGUUCUCCAUGAACUGGAACGGCAACCGUGGUAACCACGUCGGUGGAAAGGGCUGGAACCCCGGUGCCGCUCGCACCAUCAAGUACUCUGGUGACUACCGCCCCAACGGUAACAGCUACCUCGCUGUCUACGGCUGGACCCGCAACCCUCUCGUCGAGUACUACAUCGUCGAGAACUUCGGCACCUACAACCCCUCUUCCGGUGCUCAGAAGAAGGGUGAGAUCAACAUCGACGGAUCCAUUUACGACAUUGCUGUCAGCACUCGCAACUGUGCUCCUUCCAUCGAGGGUAACUGCAAGACCUUCCAGCAGUACUGGUCCGUCCGCCGCAACAAGCGAUCCAGCGGAUCCGUCAACACCGGUGCUCACUUCAACGCCUGGGCCAAGGCUGGCCUCCGUCUCGGUAGCCACGACUACCAGAUCCUUGCUGUUGAGGGUUACCAGAGCUCUGGCUCUGCCACCAUGACUGUCUCCCAGUAA